AUGGAGCUGAUAGGCAUGGGACUUCGGGUCUCAGUGUCCCCGCUCCAAAUUGCUAUGUACAUCAUACUGGUGGUGCUGGGAAUCCUGGGUAACGCCAUUGUGAUCUUAGUGAUCGGUAAGAGCGUGUACGUGGAACGUGGUCGAGGACACAACUCCGACAUCAUUAUCAUCAACAUGGCCUUGUCCAAUUUAUUGGUGUCAGUGAUGAGGAACACGCUGCUGGUCAUCUCAGACAUUGGACUAGAACUGUAUUCAUCCAAGGAGUGGUGUCGCUUUCUCAUGGGGGUGUGGGUGUGGCUGCGCUCGGUCAACGUGUGGUCAACACUCUUUCUCAGUGCCUUUCACCUUCAGACCUUAAGACGCGUGGCUCCUAAUAUUACCACGUUCCGUACACAGCGAGGGGCUCCUAGUAUUCUCCUGCUCAAUCUGGCUUUCAUCUGGUUCCUCAACUUUUUAUACUCCAUUCCUGCAUAUAUCUUCUCCACUAAUGGCAAUGUUAACACCACAGAGACGCUAAUGCUAGUGAGCAGCACAACACGCCCCUUGCUGGGCUGCGUAUGGAACUUUCCUUAUUCCUUCAGCGGCUUGUCAUACGCCACCACCUCCAUGGUGAUACAUGAGACUCUCCCCAUCAUUUUGAUGGUCUUAACCAAUAUGGGCUCUCUUUACACACUCUACACGCAUGGAAGGACUUCGGUCAAAGACGCGCCUGUCAUUAAAAGAGUGCCAGCCGAGAGACGAGCUGCCAAGGUUAUUCUUGCCCUUAUCAUGCUCUUCAUCAUGUCAUGGGGCACUAGCAUCAUAUCCGUCAACUACUUCAACUACAACCGAGGCUCCUCAGCUGAGUUUCUACUGGUUAUCGCUCGUUUUGCCAACAUCAUCUUCAUCGCCUUGUCCCCCAUGGUUCUAGCAGUGGGUCACCGCCGACUCCGCUCUUUCAUUAAGUCUGUGCUCGCCCACUGA